CAAGUGAACAUUGCAAAAUACACUAAGUAAAUGGUGUAUACAUAUUUUAUAUAAAUAAAGACCUAUUAUUAUAUUCACAAUAGAAUUAUCUUUAUAUUUUUUAACACUUAAUACAUUUUUGAUGAGAUUUAGUAAUAUUUUAUCUAAAACCACAUUUAAGUUCUAUACAAUAUAUAUUAUAUACACCAAAUAAUAUAAUAAAAUUAAUAUAAAUGUCAAAUUAAAAAAACAAUUAAUGUCUAUACACUAAAAUCAAAUAUUUUUCUUAUCUUAGAAUAAAUAUAUCUUAAAAUAAUAAAUCUAAAUAAUUUUUUUUUGUAAAUUAAUAUCUCUAUAACUUAAUAAAAUUUUAAAGUCCCAACAUUAUUUAUAGAAGUUCUACUGUAUAAUGAAUUAAAAAAUUUUAAAAUAUUUUAAAUUGAUUAUCCGAACCCGAACCGAUCCUGCAAAGAUCUGAAACUGAAUCUGAACCGAAGUUUAGAAAUACCCGAAUGAGUCUGAAAUCUUUGACCCCGAAAACCCGAAAUCCGAAUGGAUAACCAAGCGUCCACCACUAAAAAUGAGGAUGAGCUGAAGUUAGAAAUUAGUUGGGCUUCUCCCUUGUCAACAAAAAGAAAACAUGGUAGAAGUGUUUUUUUUUUUUGAUCAAAAAAAAACAUAGGCAGAAGUGUAUUUUCUUAAGGGGGGUUGUUUUGGAUAAAAUUUAAAACUAAGAUGCGUGUUUUCUGUAGAUUCAAAACAAAUCGGAGAAAAUUGCAAAUAUUUAAAGAAUUUUGAGACAUGGCGGUGUUGAACAGAGUCUUUAAAUUUCUUAAAAAUCCCCAAUUGUUAUCUUCCUCCCGCUUCUUGCCAUUGCUGUAUCGAGCUCUCCCUAGAUCUCUUCAUCUCUCGCCAUGAAGCUCGUAAGGUUUUUGAUGAAAUUGAACAAUGAAACAGUUUCAGUAGAGCUUAAGAACGGAACCAUAGUUCACGGAACCAUCACAGGUGUAGAUGUUAGUAUGAACACUCACUUAAAAGCAGUGAAACUCACUUUGAAAGGGAAGAAUCCAGUCGCCCUAGACCACUUAAGUGUCAGGGGAAACAACAUUCGCUACUAUAUUCUUCCAGACUCCUUGAAUCUCGAGACUUUGCUUGUCGAAGACACACCACGAAUCAAACCGAAAAAACCAACUGCAGGUAAAGUUCCACCAGGUGGUCGUGGACGUGGGCGUGGUAGAGGUCGUGGACGUGGCGGCCGUUAAGCAUUUUGCAGUGAUCCCAAGUUUUUUUCUGUCUUGUUAUCUUUUAAAUUUUCAUGAUUUUAAAAUUUGAUACGUUAUUGCCAAACUAAUCAAACACGGAAACACUCACUUUCGUUUAUUAUUGAGUUCAUUACUUUAUUACACAA